AUGGAAGAGAGGCGCGGUCCAGCUCGCACGCUCGAGCUCGAAGACUUGUGUUUCGGGAGCGGUGGCGGGCCGCUGGCAAGCAUCAUUGCCGCGCUGGGCGAAACAGACCGCGUGGCGCUGGCGGCGACGUCCUCCGGCCUCAUGAAGGCCGUGCUGGAGUGCUCCGGGGACAACGUGAAGUGGAGGUCCGCCGACGAGCAGGCCGGGAAGGCGGUCGCCGAGCGCGUGCAUCGCGCAGGGUGCGUCUCCGACGCAUGGCUCGGGCGGUGCGAGAGAGCCGGGAAGUGGCUGACGUUCCGCCGCGCGAGGGACUCGCCGGACGGCGAGGCGUCCGUGGUCGCCGUCGCGCAGGCGAGGCACCUGCGGAUCUUCGAAUCGCCAGACUGCGUUGUUCCCGAGCCCCUGACGGCUCCCGAGCUCGAGGAGUUCCUGCCUGGCGACGGCGACGGGGUCGAAGACGUUCCGGCCACUGCUGGCAUGACUGGGCUGCGGCACGUCUUUGUGUCCGGGACGAACGCCUGGGUGAAGACCGACGCGUGGCUGCCGAAGGAGGUCCGCGGCGGCGUCGAGCGACUAGUCGCACCCUUCUCCAACCUCCGUCGCGUCCCGGGCGACAUGGCCUCGCUUGGACAUCUCGACCUCGUCGGGUGCAACAACCUGGCCAGAAGUUCUUGGCUGCCCCCUACGUCCCGCGCGACGCUGAAGGUCCUGUGGGCCGACCGCAGCUCGGUCCGCAGCGUCCCGCCCGGACUCGCGCGCCUCGAAGAUCUUUCGCUGUCCAAGAUCAACGCUACCGGACACGCAUGGCUGCCGCCGGACUCGCGCGCGACGCUGAGAGUGCUGAGGCUGUGGCACUCCAAGCUGACGCGACUCCCGCCCGACCUGACGGCCCUAGAGGAGCUCAGCCUGACGUCGUGCGAGUUCGCGGAUGCCGCGGGAGACUGGCUGCCGCAGAGCUCGAGAGCGUCGCUGAGGGAGCUCGAGCUAGAUUUCGGGCCGGCCAUGAGUGCUGUGCCCCCCGACAUGCCACAGCUCGAGCACCUGAGCGUCACCGUCGGUGCGUCGGGCCUGGCGGAGGACUGGCUGCCCCCGAGCUCCUCGGAGCGCCUGAAGACCUUGAACAUCACCUACACCCCCCAGAGUGGCGUUCAGCACGACUUGGUCCUGCGGUCUCUUCCCGCCCUGGAGGAGCUCGUGUUCUGGUUGGACGUAGAGGCUGACGUGCAUCUGUGGUCGGCCAGCUGGCUUCAUGAGAGCGCUGCGCGCCGGCUGCGCAAGUUGGACGUCGGUGGGACGGACAUCCUGCACCUACCGGCCGGCUUGGUAGCGCUGGAGGAGCUCAUCAUCUCCGACUGCACGUGCCUGUACGACGACUGGGACGCGUCGCUCACCGAGAGCUGCAGGCGGAAGCUGCGCAAGUUGGCAGCCUCGGACAGCAACAUCAAGCGGGUGCCUGCCGGGCUGACGUCACUGGAAGAAGUGGAGCUCGCGCACUGCAAAGAGCUCGAAGACUACGACUGGAUCGACGCGAGCAGCCGAGCGAAGGUUCGGACGAUCAACGCGAAGGCGAGCAGGAUCAAGCGCAUCCCGUCCGGGCUGAAGGCUCUGGAGAACCUCGACGUGGCGCGGUGCCACUACCUCGACCUCGACUGGAUCGACAACAGCAGCAGAGCCGCGGUGCGGCACCUACGCGCGAACAACAGCAGCGUCAGCAUGAUCCCGUCCGGUUUCAAGGCACUGCGGGAACUGUCGCUGCGGGGGUGUUCGGAUCUGGACACGAGGUUCAUCGACGCCAGCUCUUCCCAGGAGCUGCGUCGACUGUGCGUUGCGUACGCUCGCGUCCGGCGCAUCAGGAGGUGUCCGAAGCUGGAGACCCUGGACCUGCGCGGGUGCAACCUCGAGAAAAAGUACAUCGACGAGGCGUCGUGCGGGCGCGUGACGAUGCUCAACAUCAGCCACUCGAACGUCAAGUACGUGCCGGAGCAGAUGCGUGCGCUGCGAAAAGUCAGCGCGUUCGAGUGUGUGCUGCUGGUUGGGGAGUGGUACAAGAAGCUGCCCAGGGGCGUCGUGGACGUGUACGGCCUCUGGAGCGGCGGAGCCCACAGGCACCAGAGGUUCCGCAAUGGCCGUUACGUUCAGGACAUCCCCGAGGCGGAGGACGACUUUUUGGCCGCCCCAAAAGUUGAGAGCAACAUGUACCAUUGA